AUGGCGCUGCACUUGUGGAGACGGGAGUUCAGCGCCACCAAUGCUGGGAUCCGGAAGCCUUUUUUCUCUGUGGCCGCCCUCCUCGGCCUCGGCGCACCGGAGCCGCCCGUGGACCUCUACGCCAUCGGCUUACAGGAGGUGAACUGCCGGAUCCUGAGCUUCAUCUCCGACCUGGCUUUCGAGGACCCCUGGACGGCCUCCCUGACGGCAGCGCUCGCCCCGCUGGGCUACGUCCGGGUGUCUUCCAUCCGCAUGCAGGGCAUCCUCCUGCUCCUCUUCUCCAAGCAAGCCCACCUGCCCUUCAUCCGGGGUGUGCGGAGCCAGUUUACCCGCACCGGCCUGCACGGCUACUGGGGCAACAAGGGAGGGGUCUCCAUCCGCCUGUCCCUCUACGGCCACUCCGUCUGCUUCCUGAACUGCCACCUGCCGGCCCACCAGGAGAACGCCAAGCAGCGCCUGGACGACUUUGAGCACAUCCUGGAGAUGCAGCAGUUCAGAGAAGACCUUCCCCUCCGCCCUGGACCACGAUUAAACAUGGCCAAGAAGAAGCUGUUCUUCCUCCAGGAGUUCUCGGAAGGCCCCCUGAAGUUCAAACCCACCUACAAGUUUGACCUGCACUCGGAUGAAUACGACACCAGUGAGAAGAAACGGAAGCCCGCCUGGACCGAUCGGAUCCUGUGGAGAGUGAAAUGUCUUCCGUGCUCCAAGCCGAAGGAGGUGCCCAGGGAGGGAGGGGUUUCCCUGUCCCUGGGCAGCUACACCAGCCACAUGGACUACGACAUCAGUGACCACAAGCCGGUCACUGGCACCUUUGAGCUGAAGGUGCAGCCCCUGCAGGAGGAGCCCCUGGUGGUGCUCUGCCCGGUGGGCACCUGGAGUGCUGGGCAGGACGCCACCGUCAGCUACGUCACCGCUCCAGAAUUUGCCAGCAGCCCCUGGGACUGGAUUGGCCUCUACAGGGUGUCCUUCCGACAUGUGAACGACUACGUCACCUACGUCUGGGUGCAGGACAAUGAGAUUUCCGCCGAGGACGGGGCCAAGCAGGUUUAUCUCGGGGCCGAGGGCCUCCCCAACGCGGGCGGAGAAUUCCUCCUGGGGUACUACAGCAACGCGCUGCGGUCCCUUGUGGGCCUUAGCCAGCCGGUCCAGGUCCAGCCAAGCCCGAAGUCAGCUGAGCAGCAGGCGGGCUGGUCUGGGGCCAGCAGCGCAGAACGCCUUCCUUGCGAGAGGCCGCCCUGUGACUUCUGAGCCUCCUUCGGCACCUCCAUGUGCAUUGUGGGGCACCCCGGCUUCGGCCUCCGGAGCAGCGUGGCUCAGCUUGCCGCACCUCUGGAGGGCCCUGCCUCCCUUUGGCACAAAAGAGCCGGGAUGGAGCCAGUUUCCCAGCAGGGGCGACCGUUUCCUUCUGCCCCGGCCGACGGCUGCCGCCCCGUUUUCCAAGUGCCUCUUAGGAUCUGUGUGCUUCACUGCAACGUUAAGGAGUCGCUGCUGGCACUUAUUUGAAACCUGGGAUUGUAGGACUUUUAUGAAAUUGUAAAGCUUUUAGAACUGAAAUACAUUUUAUUGUAGAAAA